AUGCAGCUACGGAUCCAGCGGUCAUUUCCCAGCCACCUUCUACAUCGUGCAGACAAAACCCCAGAGCUGCGGAGCGCCGGGACGCUCCCGCACCCCGUGCACGGGCCGCAGAACGUGGAGGUGGUGGACAUCCGCUCGCGGCAGCUGACGCUGCAGUGGGAGCCCUUCGGCUACGCCGUGACGCGCUGCCACAGCUACAACCUCACCGUGCACUACCAGUACGUCUUCAACCAGCAGAAGUUCGAGGCAGAGGAGCUCAUCCAGACUUCUUCCCACUACACCCUGCGAGGGCUCCGGCCCUUCAUGACCAUCAGGCUGAGGUUGGCCCUCUCCAACCCCGAGGGCAGGAUGGAAAGCGAGGAGCUGGUGGUGCAGACUGAGGAGGAUGUUCCUGGACCCGUUCCCUUGGAAUCUAUCCAAGGAGGACCUUUUGAAGAGAAGAUCUACGUUCAGUGGAAGCCUCCAAAUGAGACAAAUGGCAUCAUUACACUCUAUGAGAUCACAUACAAGGCCGUUGGGUCUCUGGAUCCCAGUGCUGACCUGUCCAGCCAGAGAGGGAAAGUCUUCAAGCUGCGGAACGAAACCCAUCACCUCUUUGUGGGACUGUACCCAGGCACCACCUACUCCUUCACCAUCAAAGCCAGCACAGUCAAGGGCUUUGGGCCACCCAUCACCACCAGGAUUGCAACCAAGAUUUCAGCUCCAUCCAUGCCCGAGUACGACACGGACUCUCCCCUCAAUGAGACUGACACCACCAUCACCGUCAUGCUGAAGCCUGCUCAGUCCCGGGGAGCUCCUGUCAGUGUCUACCAGCUCGUUGUCAAGGAGGAGAAGCUGCAGAAAGCCCGGAGAGCUGCAGACAUCAUCGAAUGCUUCUCUGUGCCAGUGAGCUACAAGAAUGCCUCCAGCCUGGACUCCCCACACUACUUUGCAGCUGAGCUGAAGCCCAUCAACCUUCCUGUCACACAGCCCUUCACCGUGGGCGACAACAAGACCUACAAUGGCUACUGGAAUGCUCCUCUUUCUCCCCUGAAAAGCUACAGCAUAUAUUUCCAGGCUCUUAGCAAGGCCAAUGGAGAAACAAAAAUCAACUGUGUCCGGCUGGCAACAAAAGCAGUGAUAGGUAGACAACAGGUGACCACGCGAAACCCGCCCAGCCUCUUGAGCACAGGAGCUUCCACCCAGAAUUCCAAUGCAGUGGAGCCUGAAAAGCAAGUGGACAGCACGGUGAAAAUGGCUGGAGUUAUAGCAGGCCUCCUGAUGUUUGUUAUUAUCCUCUUGGGAGCAAUGCUUACCAUCAAAAGAAGAAGAAAUGCAUAUUCCUACUCCUAUUACUUGAAGCUAGCCAAGAAGCAGAAGGAGACUCAGACCAGCACGCAGAGGGAGAUGGGUCCUGUGGCUACUUCUGACAAGACCUCCACCAAACUCAGUGCUGUUCACAAUGAAGAAGCUUUUUCUUCCAGCUGCCAAGAUGUUAAUGGAUUCAUUUCAUCAGACACCGUCCCAUCGACCACGCUGUUAGACAGCAGCCAUGGGGAGCUGGCCCAGCCCACGCUGACCAUCCAGACCCACCCGUACCGCAGCUGCGAGCCCGUGGAGAUGUCCUACCCCCGGGGACAGUUCCAGCCCGCCAUCCGAGUGGCAGACCUGCUGCAGCACAUCACCCAGAUGAAGAGGGGACAGGGCUAUGGCUUCAAGGAGGAGUAUGAGGCACUCCCCGAGGGGCAGACGGCGUCCUGGGAUACGGCCAAGGAAGACGAGAACCGCAACAAGAACAGAUAUGGGAACAUAAUCUCCUAUGAUCACUCAAGAGUGAGACUGCAGCUGCUGGAUGGGGACCCUCACUCUGACUACAUCAACGCCAACUACAUCGACGGGUACCAUCGGCCUCGCCAUUACAUUGCAACUCAAGGGCCGAUGCAGGAGACAGUGAAGGAUUUCUGGAGAAUGAUUUGGCAAGAAAACUCUGCGAGUGUUGUCAUGGUCACCAACCUGGUGGAAGUGGGCAGGGUGAAGUGUGUUCGAUACUGGCCAGAUGACACAGAAGUCUAUGGAGAUAUUAAAGUCACAUUAAUUGAGACAGAGCCACUGGCAGAGUAUGUCAUACGUACCUUCACUGUCCAAAAGAAAGGCUACCAUGAGAUCCGAGAGAUUCGGCAGUUCCACUUCACCAGCUGGCCGGACCACGGCGUGCCCUGCUACGCCACGGGGCUGCUGGGCUUCGUGCGCCAGGUGAAGUUCCUCAACCCCCCCGAGGCAGGACCCAUCGUGGUGCACUGCAGUGCUGGGGCCGGGAGGACGGGGUGCUUUAUUGCCAUUGACAUCAUGCUGGACAUGGCAGAGAACGAGGGCGUGGUGGAUAUAUUCAACUGCGUGCGAGAGCUGCGCUCCCAAAGGGUCAACUUGGUGCAGACAGAGGAGCAGUAUGUGUUUGUCCAUGAUGCCAUUCUGGAGGCAUGUCUCUGUGGCAACACAGCCAUUCCAGUCUGUGAGUUCAGAUCCAUAUAUUACAACAUCAGCAGACUGGAUCCACAGACCAAUUCCAGCCAGAUAAAAGAUGAGUUUCAGACCCUGAACAUCGUGACGCCGCGGGUGCGGCCGGAGGACUGCAGCAUCGGGCUGCUGCCGCGCAACCACGACAAGAACCGCUGCAUGGACGUGCUGCCCCUGGACCGCUGCCUGCCCUUCCUCAUCUCCGUGGAUGGCGAGUCCAGCAACUACAUCAAUGCUGCACUCAUGGAUAGCCACAAGCAGCCUGCUGCCUUCAUUGUCACCCAGCACCCCUUGCCCAACACCAUCACAGACUUCUGGAGGCUGGUGUUUGACUACAACUGCUCCUCCGUGGUGAUGCUCAACGAGAUGGAUGCAGCACAGCUCUGCAUGCAGUACUGGCCAGAGAAGACAUCCUGUUGUUAUGGCCCAAUCCAGGUGGAGUUUGUUUCAGCAGACAUUGAUGAAGAUAUCAUCAACAGGAUAUUCCGGAUUUGCAACAUGGCCAGGCCGCAGGACGGGUACCGCAUCGUGCAGCACCUGCAGUACAUCGGCUGGCCGGCCUACAGGGACACCCCUCCCUCCAAGCGCUCCCUGCUCAAGGUGGUCAGGAGGCUGGAGAAGUGGCAGGAGCAGUACGACGGCAGAGACGGGCGCACCGUGGUCCACUGCCUGAACGGCGGCGGUCGCAGCGGCACCUUCUGUGCCAUCUGCAGCGUGUGUGAGAUGAUCCAGCAGCAGAACAUCAUCGACGUGUUCCACAUAGUGAAAACGCUACGGAAUAACAAAUCCAACAUGGUGGAGUCACUGGAACAGUAUAAAUUUGUAUACGAGGUUGCACUGGAAUACUUGAGUUCCUUUUAGCCCAGCGAAGGGAGGGGACCCCACGAUGUGCCAGACCCCAAACUCUGGUGGAUGCUUCUCCCCCGUCCCACACUGGAAGGCAGUAACAAGUGUGGGGAGGAAAACUUCUCCUUCCUUCUCAGCAAGAGACUGAGGUUGCAGAGACCUCGCUGGAAGGAGGAGGCGAUGCCUGUGUGUGCUGCUGCCUGCUUUCUAUGGGAACAUCUACUGCUUCUUAAAUAACUUACUGUACAAAUUAGCAACAUGGGAGACAGGCUGAAAGACUGGACUUUCUAAUCCCCUCUGACUUCUCUCCUCUUUUGGAUUGUGUUUUUGUUCUGCUUGCUGCAGAGUGGGGAAGGAAGGAAACCCUUAGGAAAUUCUCUUUUAAAUGUCUCCUUUUUAAUUUAUAAUUUUGUUCUCAAAUCCCAGCCUUUUAAUUUUUUAAUUUCAUGCAGCAGUCAUUUGGGAAAAAAUGAGAUAGCCAUAGGGGAUACAUGAAAUGUUUCAUUACAAAUUGUCUACCUUA